UCCCUCAAAGCUCUGCAAAACCCUGAACCUUCUCUCUCUCUCUCUCUCUCUCUCUCUCUCUCUCUCUCACACUCACUCGGUGCCUUUAUGAACUUUUCAUAGUUAUUUGUAUUACUAAGGAGACUGUGAAACUCUCAGCAAAGUUGUACUUUUUUUUUCUCUCGUUUUUUAUUUUUGUUUUGUUUAUCCAAACCACCAUUAGAGACCCUUUUGGUUUAUUUACCUUUAUUUUGCUUUUGAGCCUUCUCUGCUUUGUUCCAAGACUGAAACAACCAAACCCCCUGUUCAGUUUUUGGACUGCUAUCUUCCAGUCAAUGCGUUUCUUUUCCCUUUUGGCUAAACCCCAAUUUGUUUGCUCCACAGAUAGAACCAUGUAAUUUUUUGAUGUAUACUGCGUUUUUCCUCAUAGAUAUUGAGUGUGGGUGAGUUUUGCUGAAUUGGGUUUUGUCUGUUUUGUGUGUCUUAUGGCUUUCCUUGACUUGGGGGGGUUAGAGUUUUUGUGAGAACCAAAGUGCCAUUUUUCUGUUUUGUGAACUGGGGUUCGAUUAUUUUACCUUUUAGUGUGUAAAAAGUUGGGUUUUGUUGAGUAUCAAAGGUUUUGUUGCUUGAUUUUGGGUUUUUUAGCUGAAUGUGAUAGAAAAGGCUCCUUGAACUCUUUUGGGGCUCUUUAUAAUUAUGGAUGUGAAUGAUCCUAGUUUUGUGUCUUGGGAGGAGCACAUUAUAAGGCAUGAGCGUGGUAACCGUGUUACUCAUUUUUAUUUAAAGGGUGUAUCUGGGGAUGUAGUUCUUGCUGUUAUAGGAACUGAGAGGAGUGUAAGACACAUGACCUAUGUUGUCUCAGAUGACUUUAUUCAAUUUUACGGCCUCGAGAGAUCUGUCAAUGUGUGCAGAAAGUGGCGGGCGAGAAGAGAAGUGGUAGAGUGGCUUGACUCCUUGGUCUCAAGGCAUCGUGUGCCAUAUUCGGAUAUAUCAAAUACACCAAUGGACUCAAGGCAAGCUUUAGGAUCUCUUGAAGUAUCAAUGGCUGGGCGUCAAACAUGCUUUCCUGAUCAUAUGGUUCCAAGGAAACUGAAAGUUCAAAAUUCAGACAUUGUAUGGUCUGGUGUUGCUUGGAUCUGUGCCAAACAGCUAAAGCACUACCCAGCUUUUGACAGGAAUGGCACCACCAUAGCUGUUCAUUCAUUUGUAUUUAUUAUGGGUGAAGAAGGACAAUAUCUUGGUUACUUGGAAGAUAUUUAUGAAGACAAGAAAGGUCUCAAAAAGGUGAAAGUGCGGUGGUUUCUCCAUAAUAAGGAAGUUGAAGAUUUAAUCCCUCAACUUAAUCCACAUCCAAGAGAAGUUUUCAUCACACCUCAUGUUCAGGUGAUCAGUGCUGAGUGUAUUGAUGGCCCUGCAACGGUGUUGACUCCUAAGCAUUAUGAAAAAUUUGUGUCUGCUGUUGCACCUACUUCUCCUGGAAUCCACAUGUGUUUUAGGCAGUUCAGGAACAAUAAGAUCAAGCCCUUCACUCUUCCUAAAUUGUGCGGGUAUUCUAAUCAAGCAAUCCUCUCUUCCUUAGAUUGUUCUCUUGUGCCCAAGCAAAAACUUAAGCGCCAUAAAUUGCAUGUGGAAGAUGAGGAAGAGUUUGCACAUGAUGAUUCUGUAAGGGUGGGUUCUAAGAGGAACAGAAGUCACAAGGAGCAUCAAGGACCUGUAACUGGUUCUUCUGGUGUCAGAAAUUCACUCCCUAGGAAUCAAUUAAUGAAGUGUGAACCAAAUUAUCCAAAGUUGAAGUUAAGAUUUUCAAGGAAAAUGAUGGGAAUAAAGAUCAUUGAACCCCAGGUCCAGUGUCCUGUUUCUUUUAAGGUUGAUGAGAAGAUAGAACUGCUCUGUCAAGAUAGUGGCAUUCGAGGCUGCUGGUUUAGGUGUAAGAUCUUGCAGGCAUCUGAGAAGCGUCUGAUAGUUCAAUACAAUGAUGUGCAGGAUGCAGAUGAAAGUGGCAAUCUAGAGGAAUGGGUCCUUGCAUCUAGAGUUGCAGCUCCUGAUAAAUUGGGCAUGAGAUGCUCAGGCCGCUUGACAAUUCGGCCAAGGCCUCCUGAGGAUUUUACGGACUGUACGUUGGAGGUUGGCGCAGCAGUUGAUGCAUGGUGGAGUGAUGGCUGGUGGGAAGGUGUUAUAACUGGAUUUGACACAUCUGGAAAUGAUGCUGUGCAUGUUUACUUCCCUGGCGAAGACAAGUUUCUUAAGCUCAAGAGAACGAAUCUUCGAACUUCCAGAGAUUGGAUAGGGAACAGAUGGGUUGAUAUAAAACCGAAGCCUGACAUACUCAGCUAUUUAUCUGAAAAUGUCAGUCCUAGCUUGAAGCUCUCGAUGUGUUCUACUUCAGCUGAAGCAUCUGAGUGUGGUGGCUCUGCAUUGUUGGAGCCCAAAGUUUUCACAACUCCCAAACUUGAAGCAGUUGAAGAAGACAAGCAAGCAUCACCCAAUUUAGCCAUACACAAUGACCUCCUGGAAAAAAUGAAGGGGGUCAAUUUCAGUAAGCAAUCUUGUAGCGAUGAUGAGGAUGAAGAUGGUGACAAUAACAAUAAUGGUGAUCUUGAUUCUGCCAACCAGAGAUGUGAUUAGCAGCUGAAGCCAUAGCAAGUGGUCACUUAAUGGAAUUUACGAGGCAGAGAGUUUUGACGUCGAAGAUUGAUCCUUAAAGUUGGGUUCUUUCUUUGUGUAAAUUUAGGUGCAUGACUGUUGGUAUAGGAAAACAGAAAAUUAUGAUUAUCGAGUUUUCUAACAUUAGGCGAAUUGGCGGUGUAUAGAUAUCUGAUAGGUUUAAACAUGGCGGGGAUGAAAAGUAGCAUUAUAGAUGUAAGCAAAGUUUAAGGUCACUAUUGCCAGGCUAGGCAGACAGGUAGUUCAAUUCAAUUAUAGGACUACAGUGCUUUAAUUUCCACCCGCAGUUUUAUAGUGCAAGUAUAGUUCUGAACUUUCAACUGUAAAGUUAUUUUGGUAUGGGAAAGAAAUUAAAGGUUGUGUUAUUUUCAAAA